AUGAGUCUAUUGCAGCGAAGAGUUCGCGUCAAGAAUCGGUCGUGCAGAUUGCUGUUGAACGGGAUAUACCAGCGAGCAUUGGCAGCCUCCUGGCCCAAUCUGCUGCUGUGUCUGAUUGCAUGCUACUUGGCUAUUCACGAGCCAUUGACGCAACGUACGCAAAACGACUUCGGACUCAAAUAUGGCGAGCUUUUCUUCUUCUGUGUCCAAACAAUCUCCACGGUUGGCUAUGGGACUCUGAGCCCACGGCAAAAUAGUGACGUGGCCAAUUUCUUCGUCUUCCUUCUAAUUUUUUCCGGCCUGUUUGUCUCCACUCUCGUAACGGGCAUAACGUGGGCAAAAUUCUCCAUCCCGAAGGCUUCAACGCUGUUGUACAGCGACUUUCUGCUGCUAACAACGUUCCACUCACAUCGCGCAGUUAUGUUUCGCGCUGCCAGCAACCGCAAGUUUGGCGUUCUCGUCGAGGGAUCUUUCAGGUAA